CUAAGUGAGGAGAAGAGCAUAGAUUUAUCCUGAAAGUAUCAUCCUUGGCAGUGCAUCACAAAUAGGAAGACUUUGUUCGUGGCCUAGACGCUUGUUUGAUGUUUGGUGGAUGUGUAUGUGUCUGCUCACAUACAAACACAUCUUAUCUCGCGACGCGUUCGUCCCUUUUCCGGUACCAAAUCCUUGGUGCAAGUUGAGGGCGUCGUCUUUCGUGCGUUCGUUCCUUGGUGAAUGUUUGCCGACCAGCCGUUGAAAUAAGUGCAUGAUAAGAGAAAGUAUUUAGCAAAAAAAAGAGAAAAAAGAAAAAAAUCCUUCCACAUCUCCUUCCCUCGACCUAGUCCGUCGUAACCGUAGGGAGAAGUGAGUUUUCAGAAGAGCAGCUGCCUUUCUGGAGUUUGUGGUAGCACUUUUUGUGUGGUGUAUUUGGUUCUCCAGUGUUUUGGUGAAGUGUGACGAAAUCCUCCAAACCGGGAAGUGAUAGUGCGUUCAAUAUGUGUGUGCUCCAAUUUUGGCCGGGUAGUGGGAAAUUGCGCAUUUUCCAUGUCUAACCUCGAGCGGUGAAGUUCGCGUUUUUGAAUUCAGAAAUAAUUAGCCUCAGCCAGCCCGCGCGGGUUUGGAUUACUGGAAUUGCGAUUUUCGGUGUGCAGUACAAGUGCAUGUGUCUCACACCUAGUUUGCGUCAUUUCGUUCGUGUGUUUUUGGGGAUAUAGUGUGAAUAACCUAACCACCUGGUUCCAGUUGUAGGGGAAAAUCAUUGCAGCAACUCCGGGUCGUUGUCGAACCUGAAACAUCACACCGUGUACUGGAUUUGCUUAAGUGGAGCUAAUCGUCCCCUUAGUUAACGUUUAACGUUAACGAGCCUUGCACCUUCUAAAACACAACAAUCCAACGAAAUAGAAGCAAGAAUGGCAGCGCUGGAGAUCGAAAACAGCACGUCUUGGGGCAGAGAACUAUGGGAUCAAUACGAAAACCUAGCUACACACACGCAGAAAGGAAUUGACUACUUCGAGCGGUUCGGAAACUUCAUUCGUGAUCGUAGUGCCAUCGAGGUUGAAUACGCGAUGAGGCUGAGACGGCUCGUGAAGAACUACCAACCCAAAAAGAGCAAAGAGGACGAAGAAAAUGAGUUUUCCUCCCUGGUCGCGUUCAAAAAUGUCCUCAAAGAGGUGGCCGACCUGGCCGGGCAGCACGAAGUAGUGGCGGAAAACCUGCAAAACCAAGUGCUGCAGGGUAUCACGCUGCUAGCGAAGAACCUGCGCGAAGAGCGCAAGAAAUCGCUAAACCAGGGUGCCGUGCUCACACAGUCCCUGCACACACAAAUCGGCACGCUGGACCGGGCGAAGCGCAGCUACGAGAAGGCGUUCCGUGAGGCGGAAAAAGCGAUCGAGGGCUACCACAAGGCGGAUGCCGAUUUUCACCUGAGCCGCGCGGACGUGGAAAAGCAACGUGUGAACAUGAACAUACGCAACAGCCAGUCGGAGGACGCGAAGAGCGAGUACGCCAACCAGCUGCAGAUUACGAACAAACAGCAACAGCAGCACUAUCAAAUCGCCCUGCCAGAGGUGUUCAAUAAGCUGCAGGAGUUGGACGAAAAGCGAACACGUGGCAUGAAGGAAUUCAUCAAACGGGCGGCAGAUGUCGAGUACGAAGUUUCGCCCAUCAUUGCCCGCUGUCUCGAAGGCAUGGUGAAGGCUGCCGAUUCGAUCAACGAGAAGGACGAUUCAAUGAUCGUAAUAGAAAAAUACCAGUCCGGUUUUCAACCACCGGGAGAUAUACCGUUCGAGGACCUUUCGAAGCCGGACCCAGACGCCUCCAAUAAUUCGCAGAACCACAGUUCAAGCACCGCGUUAAAUCACAUGACGGGGAAGGGCACGACGAAGGAUAAGCUAAAGAAACGUGUCGGCAUUUUCGGUAUCUUCACCGGUAACAAGGUAAGCAAGAUUCUCGAAGCCUGCAUAAAUGUUAAGAACAACCUUUCUGCGGACGGCCUGAAGGAAGAUUUCAGCGAUCUGCCACCGACGCAGCGGCGGAAAAAAUUAACCGCCAAGGUGCAAGAACUGCAACAGAAGGUGGCCCAGGAGCAAGCAGCUAGUGAUGGGCUGAUGAAAAUGAAAGGAGUCUACGAGGCGAACACGCUGCUUGGUGACCCGCGGACGGUGGAAGAGCAGCUGAACGAAUCGAUCACUCGGUUGGAUCGGCUACGGCAGGAGCUGUUACGCUACCAGAAGCUGCUGGAUCAGGCCAACAAUCAGACGGUCAUUCAGCACAGCCCCCAGUCGCACCGUGUGAUACAGAAUGGUCAACGGACGUCCAGACAUUCCAACGGUAGCAGUAAUCAUGAAAACAACGGCCACGACGACAAUGGCGAAGAUCAUCCCGACGACGCCGGUAGCCUUAGCAGGUCAGCUUCCGAAAGUAGUGUACAGCAAGCGCAAAAUGGGCUUAACAUUAACAACAACGGCAGCUCGGCGAGCCCGGAAAGUGGUCUUGGUACGUCCCACACCUCGUUGCCCGGUUCCGGUCAGGGCAGCACAAAUGAACAGCCCUCGAAUGAGGAAUACUACGAAGCAGAUACACCCCUGGGAACGUGCCGAGCACUGUAUCCAUUUGACGCCACGAGCGAAGGUAGCAUUCCAAUGUCGGAAGGGGAAGAAUUGCAAGUGAUAGAAGUAGACCAGGGAGAUGGUUGGACCCGGGUGCGGCGAUUUAGCUCGAAGGGUUGGGAGGAAGGAUUCGUACCAACCAGCUACAUCGAGUGUACGCUCUACGCGUAGUGUUGAUCGCCCAAUGAUCCUUGAAUCACGAGGAGUAGGACACAAACCCACUCUCGAAUGUAAAUAGUUACAUGUAGUCGCUGUAAUACGAAAGAUCCACAAUACAUACAACCACACACACAUACAAACGUAUGCUUUAGUCGACAAAGUUUAGUGGCAAUUAUUAGUAACGAUUUAAAGUGCAAGCAUCAUCCCCCGGGGCUGGACUGCGGCACAGGAAAGCUGGUGGGAAAGGGUAUCCAAAUUCUGACAACCCAUUUGAAGGGAUCAAUCGGACGAAACUGAGUGGCUUCGCGUAUGUAAAAACACAUAAAUAGCGGCAUAUCCACGUCCCACUAGCCUCAUUGCUCCAUUAAUUAAUGGUACUUUCGCACCAUUACUGUCGAAGCAUUAACAAAAUCCCGCACUGGUUUGCGGAAACGCUCCUGUCCCGAGUGGAUGUUAUGGUUUCUGCGACAGUUAGGCAAAUAAUUUUAACUCGUAAGGUACAUUGUCGUCCCUCAUACUUGUGCUUUCAUUUCCGUCUUCAACGCUGACGAGUAUGAUGUUGCUUUAAGUAUUUCCUUCUCGAGAAGGGAGCUGUAUCGUUUCGGAAAAUUAAGCUUAGACAUUUUAAUUUAAAGAAAAGAAACGCCUCACUUAACCAUUGCGCUUGCUUUUUGCUCUACGAAAUAAAAUCAAAA